AGGACGAGGAAGUCCGAAUUUUAAUUGUUCACCUGUUUAACGUUCUAGUUAUUAACCCGUUCUACAUAGGCCUACCAUAGGAAGUAAACAAAACAUCGACUUUAUGUAAUCACUAAUGGAUGCCAUCGAGGAAGAUAAACCACUUUUGCCAGUACCAGAUGAAGCCACUGAAAAACCAGUCAUUGUUCGUCCUAUGUACCAGUUCAUUAUGCUAGAAAUAAUUGGCAUUCUUCAUUUUGGAGCAUUGAUGGCAAUGUUUCCAAUCCAACAGUUUUAUGUUAUAGACGAAAUUGCAAAGAAAUAUGGAGAACAUGGCGAAAAAUCAAACGUAGACUAUUGCCCAAAAGGCCCUGUAUUUUCCAACAGUACAAGUAAUAUCGUACAAGCAGAAUCCGCAAACAUACUGAUGUAUCUGGGAUUCGUGGGUACGUUUAUCGCUGUAAUUCCUAUUUUGGUAUUUGGUUCACUCACGGACAGAUACGGAAGAAAAUUUCCAUUGUAUCUUUCAAUGGUUGGAAUUUUACUCAAAGAAAUAGUAAUGACUGUUACCGUUUACAAAGGGUUGUCACUCUGGUUUUUCGCUUUGGGAGAUUUUUUCCUAGGCAUCACGGGACAUUUUGGUCUAUUUUUAGCUGCAAUGAUGGGGAUGAUUGCCGAUAUUACAACUCCUGGUAAAGACAGAGCAAUAAAGAUAACAAUAAUGGAAGGGACUUUAGCCAUUGCCGUAGCAUUUUCGAUAUUAGGUAUUGGUUUUUGGAUAAAAGACGGGAAUUAUAGACACCCCUUGAUUAUGUGCAUCGCAUGUACUGUUUUGUCUCUAAUAUUAACAUUAACAUUACUGUCCGAGACGGCUAAGACAAACAAAAAGAAGGACAACAGGAUAUGCACGAAAUCAGUUUUGUGCGCAUGUUUCGAUGUGUACAGAAAUGGCAACAGGAAUAGAAAUAAAAAAAUGUUGGUCGGACAAAUAAUAUUUUGUAUCAAUGUUGGGGCAGUAUUGGGAAAAUCUAACGUUGUUACUUUAUUUCUCCUCCACAAGCCGUUAUGUUGGAGUGAGCUUCACGUUCAAGUGUUCACAUGUUUUCAACUGUUGGUGAACUGGGGUUCAAUAUUACUUGGGAUCAGAAUUUUACACAAAUACCUUGCAGAUUAUACCAUUAUAAUAGUAGGAACAGUGUCGGCCAUUGCAAGUUCCGUUACUUUGGCUUUUAGUUCAGAAGACUGGAUAGUUUAUUUAUAUGCAGUGAUUGGUAUAAUGGCAGUCUCGGUUUCACCUUUACUACGAUCGGUUCUUUCAAGGCUGGUAUCACCAGAUGAACAAGGAAGCCUGUUUGCUUGUAUUGGUAGUUCUGAAUUAUUGCUGACAUCACUUGCGCAGCUGUUUUAUGGUUUCAUUUACAAAGAGUCUGUUAGUUAUCUUCCAGGGUUGGUGUUCUUGAUAACGGCUGGAAUUCUAGUCAUAGAAUUCUGUUUAUCUUUAGUGCUAUAUAGUAUUAUGUCCUCAGAACCAGUGUCUGUAACAGAAACAGUUAUUAAGGUCUCCUAGUGUUAGAAGCAUUGUUGGAAGUCUCUGGAUUAUAUGUAUCUAAGAUAGUACAUGU